ACCAUCGCCCCCACAUAUCGCAGACAGCUUUCGGGGAUAUUGGCAUGCCUGGUGGAAAUAAAUAUAUAUAUAUAUUUUUAAACCGAGGCCUCAACACAUUCAUACCUACACUCACCUCACUUUAAGUAUAUGCAAAGGCUUAUGCCGAACUGAAACGGGUCACAAAUGGGCUUUUUAUUGGCCCAAAGAGUCAUUUUUCGGCGCUAACAUUAGCUAACUUUAGCUUGCUAACGUAAACAAUAUUUUUCAGCUAUAAACCAGCUGAACGGAAACAUGAAGCGUACGGGGAGGAGACGGAGCUCUGUGUGGGACUGCUUUGAACAAGUGGGGAACUUCGUCCGUUGCAUGAAAUGCGACGCUACACUGAAGUACUGCGGCGGAGCCACCAGCACCAUGAUGAGCCACAUGAGCAGGCACCAUCCGUCCACAGCACCGCUGGACGAAGACGAGAAACCGGUGAUUUGUACCGUUCAGUGCAUCGAGGAGGACAGCACCGCUAACUCGGACAUCAUGCAGGUUGCUAUCAUGUCACCCAACAUAAACAUGAUGACUACCAACCCCCCUGAGCGUGACUACGGAGAGAGGAAGCGCCUGAAGCGGAGCUCUGUGUGGGACAUUUUCAUCAAAGUGGACGACGAGGUUCACUGCACGAUGUGCGACACAAAGCUGAAAUACAGGAGCAGCACCACCAGCAUGAUGUACCACAUCAAAAACAAGCACCCAGACACUAUGCCCAAUGAUGGCGUGUCAGUAGCAACACAUGCAGAGGUGACUGAACUCAUCUCCAGGAUGAUAGAGAAGGACAUGCUUCCCAUCAGCGUGAUUAGUGGUGAUGGUUUCCGUGAGCUACUUGCAUACACUGUGCAUAAUUAUAAAAUGCCAUCUGCUGUCGACAUUACACGCCUUAUAGAAGGCCAUUUCCACGAGAAGGUGGACGAGCUUCUAGUGCAGCUGGGUAGAGUGGAGAAAGUGGCUCUCACUGCUGACUUCUGGACAGCCCUCCCAUUUCAGAGGUACAUUACAAUUUCCUGUUCAUUCAUAACAGAGGACUGGCAGGGGAGGUCAGCUGUGCUGCAGACACACAAGCUAUCAUCAAACAGCCAAGCUACUACAGACAGUGUCACAGAGCGGCUUUUUAACACUGUACAGUCCUGGGGUAUUGCUGGGAAAGUGACUGCAUGUGUUCAUAACAACACACAGGGCAUUUUGUCAGCCCAUGUGUGUGCCAGUGUCACCUGGGACUAUGCCACUUGCUUUGCCUCUACAUUGCAGCUAGCAGUCAGUAAUGGGCUGAGUGAGGAUCUGGUCCGCAUCAUAGUUGCUGCAGGGAAACUUGUCAAGCACUUCAAUCACAACUUGCUGGCAAGUGAGGCCUUGGAGCAGAAGCAAGUUCAAAUGUGCCUGCCACAGCACAAGCUUAUCCAAUCGAGCAAAGCAAGAUGGGACACCAUCUGCGAUAUGUUUGAACGGUUACUUGAGCAACGGUGGGCAAUUAAAGCAGUGCUCUCUGAUCGCACAAUCACCAACAGACAGGAGGCCCAGAUCCUUGAGAUUGAAGAUGAUUGCUGGCAAAUAAUUGACAAUUUCACACCUGUGCUAGCAACUCUGAAAUGGGCAACAACAGUCAUAUCGGCUGAGACAGAAGUGUCUAUUUCAAACAUCUACCCGAUCACUUUCAGCCUCAUUCAGACCCAUCUUGUACCAAAAGAAAAUGAUGUUGAACAAGUGUCUGACUUCAAGCUGAAAGUUCAGAAGUCACUUAGAAAUCACAUGGAGGUUGACUCUAAUGGCCUCGCCUCCAAACCAGCUCUGAUUGCCUCUAUGCUGGACCCUCGACACAAACAUCUCAGCUUCCUGACGCCUACAGGGAGACUGGCUGCAAAGGUUAAACUGCACGAACUAGUUUCAAAAUUAGACGUGAUAACGACUACUGUGGGCCUAAAGGAUGAACAGCAGGAGAUCCUGGUUACACCUGAUAUUAGCCAGGUGGCUAUGCCCUCACAGCUGAGAAGUGACACCAAAAAUACCAUGAUGUUGCUCCUGGGAGACAACUACAGUUCCUCCUAUGCCACAGACUCUGAGGCUCAGGUAGAUUACUACUUGAGAGACAUUGCUCCCUCAUUGGACAUAAACCCUCUGGACUGGUGGAGGGUAAAUGGACCAAGAUUCCCCAAACUGGCCACUCUGGCGAGACACUAUUUGUGUGUACCUGGGGUAUCACUGCCAUCUUUGUUGUCAGAAGCUGGGCAAACCUUUGCAACUAUGCGUACACGAAUAAGCCCAGAGCAUGUUGACAUGAUGAUCUUUGUAAACAGAAAUGCAUAACUUGCAUAAUUGCCUAUAACAAUAAUGGAGAAAGGUUACUUGCCUUGAUGUUACAAGAGUAUGGGGAGAUUGUAGGUAUUCUCCCACUGUUUAUAUGUUGGUGCGAACAACGCUACACACACUUAUUUUUGGUCAACAAAAGGUUAGACAUUUUUCCCCUCAACAGUUGCUGUGAGCUGAGCUGCAGUCAAAUACUUAACUCUUCCCAAAUAUAGUUCCCAACAUUAGAAAUGCCUCAUCGCCUCACUUGACUUGAUGGCUGACACUUGGCAUUAAACAUAAAAAAAUCAUGGCAAACACAAGCAUCUAGUACAGUCUGCUAAUGGUGUAACCUUUUACCUUAACAAAAAGGUAUUAGGUUUUGUACAUAAUUGUUAAGAACACAUAUUUUAAAUGGAUUUCUUUACAAUAGUCUACAAAUCAGGAUAAAACAGCAUACUGAGUCUUUGUAUUAACAAUACAGCUAGAAACUCAGGGACCAAACUAACCACUGUAUUAUUAACAGUAUCAAUGUGAUGCCUGCUGUGUCUCGCAGUAUACGCAAAGAUAAAAUACAUACAGCUCUAGCAGGUGUGUAAUGAUCUGUCUGGGGACCAGUCGUUUUUGGCACAUGCUCUCUCCAUCCCACAGCACAGCCUCAGUGAUGGCACCGUCCUGGAAGCGACGCAGCUCGGAGCGAGAACCCCACAGCUGACGAAACUCAGCCGCCUUGCAGAAGAACGCCAUUGUUGUUAAUAAUGAAUCAUAACACAAGCAUGAAAACACAUAAAUGAUAAAGACACAAAUCUAAAAAAACAAAUAAAGAAGAAAAGACAGAUUUUCAAUAAGUGCAAAUGCUAGCCAUAUCAAAAAUAAAAGUGAGUCAUGUCCAUAAAUACUACAUUUGAUUAGAAUAUUACAAUAGUAAUGCAUUCUUAAAAAUAUUUACAACCAUAUGACAUUUAGCGUGUAUGAACAUUUUCAUCUAAAGUCUUUACAAAUCAAAUGCACUGUAUGGUAAGUGCAGUGAGUAGACACUUACAUUCAAAUGUGCUCCUUUGUAGCAUUUUUGAUUUGUAGAUGAAAGUAAAAUGACCUUGUGUCUUCAACCCAGAUGGGAAAAUAAGAACUAAAACACUACACACAUGCACAGAAAAGAGAGACGUGAGGUUACCUUCGGGCUGUCUGCAGGUGGGCCUCUUUCAAGGACACAGGCUGCCAGCUCUGGCCUUAAGAGCAAACCGAAGGAGAGGGGCGGUUGGGUUUUGUGUUUUGGGGCUUCACUCUCCACCGACCACUGUGAUGAAACAAAAAUGAAGUUG